CACAACAAAGCAACAACUCGUCCUUUUUUGCGGAUAUUCCGAGCUAAAAAAUGGCUCUUUGAACUCGUGAAGUUGUUGGACCCGUGAAGAAAUCGUGCUUUGCUUUAGCAACGCACCCCCAAGUGCUCUACCUUUUUUUCUGCAAGAAUGGAGUUUCAUUAUGCACACCCAGCCCUGCUCUCUGUGGCCCAUCUGUCAGACCCCGCUUGCUCUCAGCAUAUGCUUGGACUUGGACUGAUUCAAAGCACCAACAGACAAUAUGAUGGCAACAUCAGCUCCUGUUUGGAAGACUCUUCGUGUCUGCCCGGCAGACCCCCUCGCUCUCUCUCACCCACAGGCUAACCACAGCCAAUCACAGGGGUGCAGGGGGGAGGUGUCAGAGGAGAGUCAGCACUUAAUUGGUGAUGGUCUGACUGACUGGAUGACGGAAGAAGUGGAUUUCUCCUCGUACCUCCCAAACCCUCCUUCCCCUCCCUCCUCCACCAAUGCCUCCCUUCCCCCUUCACCCCUUCAGAAUGAUAUUCAGGUGCCCUCUGACUUGGAGGUCAUGACCUCUCUGCUGCAAGAGGAACUUGCCCAACUAGAGGACUACUUCCUGUCUGAACCACUGCCAGAGAAAGGACCGAGGCUGGGAAAAUGCGACAGGGGUCCACUGCCGGCGGGUCCUCAGCAGUUCAGUCAGCUGCCAUAUGCAUCAUACUCGACAUCCAACCAAUCGGAAUCCAGCCCACUCCUUGUUACCCUGGCAACCGGUGAACUGGACCUGCUGAGCAUCUGUGGCGGGCCCAUUGGGCGAUCCAAAAUUCCAAGACACGCCCCGUACAGCUGCAGUCGCCCCACUGGGUGUGUUAGGAAAAGAGUUCCUGAUGGUGCGAGGUUCAAUGAGGGCUACGAUAACAGUUUGUUGAGUUCCAAAGGAAACAACUCAGGUAACUCAGCCGUAACCCUCACAGGUAACUACGACUGUGUAGAGGACGAGCAGCUGGUAGGGAAAAGCUACUGUCUGGGUAGUGCAGUCGAGGUCAGAAGAUGUGCCGUUCUACCAAAAGACGACAAAAAUUGCUGUUUCAGCCAAGAUGUCAUAGGUGGCGGAAAAGUAGUUGGAUUUGGCUGUGGUGGAUCGCUUGAUGUCCCGCACAAGAAAGAGGAUCUGCUGAUGUAUAGCAUGAGGGAAGUCAGCGGAGGCACUGCUAACAACGAGGUGCUGAAUAGUAUCAAGAAUAGUGUGGAGGUGACAAAAGCCACAUGCUCUUGGAAAACAGAGAGCAGCGAAGGUUGUUAUCUUCCAGCAACACCGCAGUCUGAGGCCUUUCAUAGCUACUUAGGCAACAUCACCGAACAGGUGAAAUCAGAGAGUCUACAGAUAGCGCAACAUGAUUUACACUGUAAUUUCCUGGAGAAUCAGGGCCCAGAGUGUCUUUUAAUGGCUAGGGAGAGUUUGAACUUGGAGUCUUCAGGGCACCGACAAGCAUGCAGACUGAAGGAAGACCACUGUGCUUUAACAUACGACGAAGACGACCUCAUUCCAGGUGAAGGCGGCGAGCGCAAACAGAAGAAGAGAGAUCAGAACAAAACUGCCGCUCACAGAUAUCGCCAGCGAAAAAGGGCGGAGCUAGAUUCUUUGGAGGGACAGUUGCAUUGCCUUGAAGGCAGGAACCGGGAGCUCCGGGACAAGGCAGAGUCGGUAGAACGUGAAAUCCAGUAUGUCAAAGAUCUGCUGAUUGAAGUUUACAAGGCCCGCAGCCAAAGGCUGAAGCAGGACACAACAGCGUAACGCCAAGCUCUUGCAAGUAAAUUUAAAGAGGGCAUAACAGGGAGAAUGUGGCGCUUUUUGUGUCUUUAACAUUGUUCAGAAUUGAAUGUUUAUUUUUAAAUGCAUGCUUUGCUAAUGUGAUUUUUUUUUUUUACAUUUGAAAUCAACACUAUCCAAUGCUUCCAUUGCUUUCGCACUCUAAUCACUCGAGCCUGCACUGUGGCAUUGCAAUGCUUUAAAUGACAAUCAUUUUUAAUAGAUCUCGCACUGCGUGGAUCCACUAAUUGAAAUACGCUUAUUUCUGAAGAAGUAAUGUUAUUCAUUAUGCAGGUUUAAUCAUUUUUAACAGCCUUACAUUGGAAUUGAUGUCAGCAAUAGAACUUCAUGUUUUUUUUUUCAAUUACUGUACCAUCCUUUUCACUAGUUGAAGUUGUCAAAUAUGUUGUGGGUGUCAACAUGUGAAACUGCAUCACUUCAUUUUGAAUACAUCUUUCAAACCAAAUACUUUUCUAUAAUAAUUUCUCGCCUCUCUUGAACAGCAAAUGUUAUUUCAACUAUUAUGAAUAUUUUAAAAUAUUAGAAUUGCUCUUGAAGAUGCAUUGACUUUUACAAUGGCGGAAAGAACGGCUGAUGUACAGAAGAGCAAAAAAUAAUUUCAUCAAUUUAAUAUUGUUACAAUUUUAUUGGACAAUGCGUUUGAUAGACUUCAGUUUCUGCAGCCCAACAUAUUCAUUUGUAAAAUGGAAUUUGAUGUUUUGAGUAUUUAGUUCCUGUUUUCUUUUACUGAAUGUCAAACAUUUUACCCUGCUUUGUUGGAAACAUUAUUUUGUCUACUUUAUUGGUUGUUUUUUUUCCUGAUAUUUGCAUUACUUUUAUUUUAACAUAUCACCGAUUUUUUCCAGAAAUGAAUAAUGUCCAAAUUAUAAAUGAUGUGAUCAAAAUAUAAUUUAUCAUUUAUACUGUUUUGAAGGUGGAAACUGACUUUUUGUGUGUGUUUGUGGCAGUUGUGUCAUCUAUUGCAUAUUGCAAAUAUUACAAUCUGUUUUGCAGCUCAGGAUAUGCAAUUUGUCCUCCAGUCCUACCGAUGCCAGUGGAAGAUUCAUGGCACCAGACUUCUUUCCUUCAUUUUACAUGCUAAAGAUUUCACUGCUAUAGGUUUUCACGAAGAAAAAAAAAGAAAAAAAAAAGGAAAAGGAUAUCCUUAUGUACAAAUAUUUUAACUAGUGGAGUUUUAGCAGCCUCCCUCUGCAUGUUUUUCCAUAAACGGAGUAGGAAAUGUAGGAUUUCAGAAAUAAGUCGGGGAUUCUUCCUCUAAAGAGCUUGCUAAGGCAAUACAUUUUAUAGGCCUCUGGCUGAUCUGCACUAAUUUGUAACAACUUUUGUAUGUUCAGAGAGUGAAGUGUGUUAGCCUUUUCUUUGUAGAAAGUUAACUGAAAAAAAUCUCAUUAGGUUAUUUGUAAAGGCUUUUGCAGUGUUAGCUUGGGUGUAAGAGGAUACUGUGUAAAUAAUUUUCCAAUUUGAUUGUUGCUAAGCAAAUAACCACUACUGUUACUGCCUAUACCGGGGAUAGAUUUUUUCUAUGCAUAUUUAUUUUCAAACAAUCAUGGCUACAUGAACGCUGACCUUUGGACAUUUAUGUGUAACAAGAAAUUCAUCUCACAUUCCUGCGGUGUACUAUCAACUGCGAUUGUUAAAACCAAAAAUAUGUGACAGCACAUUACUUUCAUGUUCAUUUAAUCAUAUAUGCACAUGUCCUUUGUGUGGCGUCAAGUUUUUUUGUUUUCCUUUAAAAAAUAAAUAAAGUGUGUCAUCAACCCAGUC